CGGCCAUGGCGAGGCCGACUAUUGUCUGAGCUUUCAUCUCCACCAUGGCGGCUCGCCCAUUGAAGAAAUGUCGUCGACCAUGAAUAAAAAGUUCGCAGAUGGAACGAUUGACAAUAACACUGCUCGCCAUUAAAGGUGUCAGAUCAAAAUGGUCCUAGAUAACACGUCUUCCACUUUGAUCGUUGUCGGACUAGUCCUCAUCACGUUCCUUGUCGUCUUCCUCGGGCUUCUUUUCCUCCAGCUUACAAUUCUUCGCCGCGUUCGCCGCCAGAAUGAGGAAGAGCCUCCAUCUGCCGCAAAUGUUGCGUUGAGAUAUAUGAACAAACCGCUACCUCAAGCACCUUAUAAUGGUCACGCCCCUUCUUUCCGCAAAACAGGAAAUCCACAAACACGGCGGCCUAUGGUGGAAGAUGGCGAAAGCGAAGAAAACGAAAUGGUACACCCAUUGUUCCGGAGACGCGAUAAGAAUCCCGCCCGACGCACCGGGGACUUUUUAAAUCUACCCCUCCAAUCCACGCGGGCCUACAAACCUACGCUGAAAGCAGCUAAUAGCCAAUAUACGGGCGAAACUCUGAAAUCUUACACACCGUCGAUUCGCAACCGAGAACCCCAAGUACAAGAGCAACAAGAGGUGCCCUUCGGCUUAGAUCAAGGAAUUCCAAAGACUCCGACGCCGGCGACAAGAUCUGUGUCAAGUCGACCUUGGCUGACGGUGGAUGUGAUCCCGGAAGAGCAGGCCACCCCAACCAACACAGCUGGAACUGCAACAUCCCUACAGCCAUCCCCGACUCGAGGGCUGGGUACGCCUAUGAUAUAGGAAGGUGGUAGUGAGUUCUUCUUUUGAGGUCAAUA